AUGACAGUUAAAGAACAAAAAGAAUUAUUUUUUCUUUCUGUACUUGGCAACACUUAUAUACCUUCACUCAUAUCAGUAGUUUUACAUACAGUGAAAAAUUUUCAGCCCUAUCCCGUUAAAAAAAAAAUGAACACAGCAAUCAUAUUGUUAUUAUUGAUGUUCACCAUCAUGGUUAAUUCAAAUACUGCUUACACGGUUCAGCCUGAGAAUGAUGUUUAUUAUAAAAAUCCUUGUCACAAGGGAGCAUCAUUUAGCUGUUGUGAAGGAUAUGUUCUGGAAGUACAAAAUGAAACAACAGCAAAAUGUAUUAAUUGUAUUCCUGAUGGACGUCCAUGCUAUCAAAUCAAUCGCCCAUGCUGUCCAGGUUAUCGAUGUGGCUCAGGACCUGCUAUUUAUGUAAAACCAAGACCUACUGACAUUUGUAUUUCAAAUUUACUAAAGGGUUAA